AAUAAGUUUAGUCAACAAAACGCAAUAAACGGGAACGAACACACCGUUUUAAUAAACGUUAAUUAAACUUAAAGAAUUUUAUAAAAAAAUAAUAAUAAAAAAAAAUACAAUUAAAUUAAAAAAAGAAAUAUAAUUAAAAUAAAACAAAAAUUACAAUGUAUAAAUAUUUAAUAAUGUUAAUAUUUUGUGUAAUAACACAAAGACUCAAUGGGAAAUCAUUAUUCGAUUAUAACAUAAAUCCCGAAUAUGAUCUGGUUGCCGAUGCAUCUUCAAGCUAUUCGAAUUUUUGGCCUAGUUCAGAAUUUUAUGUUUCACCGCAAAUACGUUAUAAACAUCAGACAAAAGGUCGUGGACAUGGAAGGGGUAAUGGAAAACGAAAACUACCACCACACGCCUUUGGUCUUUCAGAUGGAUAUCAUUACCCGGACUCAUCGGAAGAGUUUAGUGGUGAAAUAUUUCAUUCUGCGCAUCCACAUCAUCCUCAUGGCAUACCACCGGGACAAGCUAAGAAACAAGGUUAUCCGCAUGGUCAUCCACCAGGUUCUUAUCAUGAUCAUCCACAUGGUUCUCCUUAUAGUCCACCACAUGAACCUCCAAGACGAUUUCCACCACCACCGGUCUAUGACAAAGAUUUUAUAAAUCCUUGGAUUUUGCCAGCAACUACACCCAAACGUUUCAUUGUACAACAGCCUCCCUUAACGACACCUCGACCAUUUAUAGUUCAACAGCCGCCUUUAACCACACCGGCUGUUUAUGUUGCUCCUAAAUUAACCACUAAAAGACCCACAGUGCUUACCACACCAUCAUCGGUUCAAGCUUCUUCCACAGCUGCUGAUGAUAAAUUAAUUUACGAUAUUGAUGUACGUUUCGGUCGUGAUUAAUGACAAUUAAUUACUCUUUUUAUUAUAUGUAUUAUCAGAAAUUGUAUAAACAAGUAUUUUAUAGAUUUAUUAAAUAAUAUAAUAAAUUUAUUAAUUUUAUUCAA